CCUUUCUUUUCUCCUUCCUCCCUUCUUUUUGUCUCUUCUCAAUCUCGAGAAAUUUUCAAUCUUUGAUCUGUACUUCCCGUAUCCUCCUCGAGUUUCUUCGCCAGUUGCGUGCUAAUUGCGGAUUUCGUUUCUGGGUCCCCAGUUUCGUUCCAACUUGAUCCUGAACGCCGAAUUUUACCCCGAGAAGUCGGAGUUUUUCUGAGUUGGUUUCUGGAUUCCUUUUCUUCUCGAAGUUUCGUUUCCUCGAAUAUCUUCGAUCAGACAUCUCAAAACCUCGAACGAUUGGUGAAACCCGUUUAUGAAUCUCUCUUCUUCUUUUCGGGGUUCUAACCUUCCGUCUGAAUAUUCUCAAUUCCACACCGGGCUAGAGUAUUUCUUGGUUGUUUCCUUUUCCUUUUUUUUAGUCCUGGAUUAAGCUUGGUGAUCGCUAUUCGACUAGUUUGGUGAUGGUUCCGGCGUUGGCAGGAGAAGAUGACGAUAUUGCUUUAUCGUCCGAGGACUCGUCUUGCCCGGACGACACGGAAACCGAGCUCGACCUAGCGCUGGGACUGAACUUUGGUCUGAAAGGUCGUAAGUAUUUCUCCAGGGUUCAUUCAUCUUCUUCCCUGUCUACGUGUUCGUCCUCGUCUCUGAGCAGAGAAAGUGUAUCUGGUGCCAUUAAGCGGACUGCUGAUUCUGCAGCUCUCACUAAUGCCGCAGGACAUGUCGUUGGGUGGCCACCGAUACGGACAUACAGAAUCACCAGUUUAGUCAACCAAGCAAAGAGCUUAGGAGCUGAAGGCUUGAGCCCAUCCAUCCGGAGGGAGACGUCAAAAACUGGCAUAACCGGCAAGAAAGAUGAUAAUGGCUCCAAUGCUACAGGGGCUUCCCCAUUUGUGAAGGUGACUAUGGAUGGAAUUACUAUCGGAAGGAAGGUCGAUUUGAGUGCUCAUAGCUCUUAUGAGGCCUUGGAGAAAACCUUGGUGGAGAUGUUUCUCCAGCCGCCUUCCUUAACGAGAUCAAGUGCACAGGGAUGUGAGGGAGUGUCAAGAACAUGGGGUACAAAACUGCUAGAUGGCUCAUCAGGAUGUGUUCUUACAUACAAGGAUAAAGACGGAGAUUGGAUGCUUGUCGGAGAUGUUCCUUGGCAGAUGUUUGUUGGAUCAGUCAAAAGGCUUAGAAUCAUGAGAACAUCAGCGGAUGCCACCAGAGCCAGUGCAGGGGAAAGAACCGAGAGAUGAAGAGGUGGUUCAAUACAUCCUUGGGUUGUGAUGGAAAAUGGAGACAUUAGAUUUCUACCCAAAAGAAAACGUGUUCCUUGUUCAUAGUGGGGGUGAUACAUGACCACGUGCAAAAAAUAUGUAUAUGUAUAUCAGUGUGUACAUACAUGUGAAAUAACGUGUAGAUGUGGAAUGCAUGUGUACAUACAUGUGAAAUACAUGUGUUUUGAUCGUUAUAAAAAUCAAGCAAAAAGCUUGGCUUUUCUGAUGAAUA